GACAUUCGGUUGUCAAUCAGAGCGAUAACAACAACUCUGUGGUUAUCGUUCUGGUUGACAACAAGCCCAGUUCGAUGAUCUGCAAGGACAGCAAGAGUAAUCUCGACAUCAUCGAUCCCAAGCAUCAGCAGCAUCUGCAUCAGCAUCAGCCACAGCCUCCAUCGUGCACAUCCAUUGGCGGGGGGCAUGGGAAUGGCUACAACACGCUCCAGCAUAGACGCAAAUCACAGCUGAUCACGUUCAGCUCAUCGUCCUGUGAUAUCAAGAACAGUCUCAGCCAUGAGCAUAUCUCCAAUGGUGGUACCGGAGGUACCGGCAGCAAUCGCGCCAGUCGCGCCAAUGUUCGUCUCAGUUUCGCCGAAGAGGAUGUGAUGAUCAUACCGCAACAGCAUCCGCAGCAUACACAGCACACACAGCAUCCCCAGGACGAUGAGGUCUUUGUGCGACGUCGCUCCCUGCUCGAAGUGGAGCUGGGCGUGGAGGUGGGCGAGGAGGGUGAAUUGGUGCCACAGCUAGAGCUCGAUGAAGAGGAGGAGGAGGAUGAAGAUGAAGAGGAAGAAGAGGAGCUCAACGUGGACGAGGACCACGACGAAGAGGACGUUGAGCUGUAUAUGCACGACGAAUUCGAGACGCACAUCGAUGCCAAAUCGAACAAUGCCAACGAUGACAGUGGCGGCGGCAGCUAUGAGGACUCCCAUGCCCUUCACUCCUCCCUGGGCGGCAGCAAUCGGAACAGCCUCGAGAAGGAUGACGACGACAUCGAGGUGGAUGUGAUCAGCACCGAUGUCAGCUGCUACGACCAGUUGCUGGGCAGCAGCUGCAAUACCCGCAAUGGCGAUGACGAUGACAUUGCCACCUUGAUGGGCGAUGCCGAUUCGAAUUAUGCCACAACGAAGCUCUGCAAGACCUCUCUGCAUCAUGGCAUACUGAUGACGAGGGCAUUGCCGAGUCGGGGAUGUAGGAGGCCCCCAAUAACUCAACCGAAACAGAACCGAACCCAACUCAACCCAAACCAACCCAACCAUCAUGUGGCAAAACUAUCGUACAUUAUUAUUUACUUAAGAGAUGAGGAGUGGAAUGGAAUCGAUGAUCAACGCUUGAUAUUAAUACUUGGAUAUACAAUAUACAAUAUACAAUAUAUAUAUAUAUAUAUAUAUGUACUACACUACUUUACACCGAUCUACAACAGAUCUAUCGAAUGGGAAUGCAGCAAUCUCGCCAAACACGCAUCAAUUUAUACAUUUUAUAUACUAUAUAUAUAUACUAUAUAUAUGUGUAUGUACUAAAAAUCUAUAUCUAAUAUAUUUGUAAUUGUAAUUGCUGCUUCAACAACAACAACAACAAGAUGAAGAAAGAAUGGAAGGAUACAGAUGAUUGUAUUUUUACGCUAGCCACAAUUUGAUAUUUGUAUAUGUAUCUUCCAAUUUUUUUUGUACACCUAAUGUUAGUGGAUAUAUAAGUAAUGUAUGUAUUGUGACGAGCAAAGCGCUAAAUGUUUUACGUUUUUUUUUUAAACAUAUACACACAAGCAUACAAAAUACGAUAUAAAGACCUAUAUAGAUACUGGAUAAACAAUAUGCCUAAUACUAGAUCGUAAACGAAACUAAAAACUAAACUAUAGAUCGCACAAAAACAACAAACAAACCAGCAACAAAAAAACAACCAUAAAAACAAAUACACAGAUACACAAUGCAAUAAUUAAUUG